AUGGUUUUUAAAUUAAACAAUUCAUUACUUUUCACUGCUAAACGGGUAAUAAACUUGAAUUCCAAGAGGUUGUCCUCUGAUGCCACCACGAGACCUGCUACUAUAAAGAGACUACGUUUAUCGAAGACACAGAUAGCUUUUGGAUUAGCAACUAGUGUUGGAAUUAUUGAAUAUAAUACUAAUGAUACUUUUCAUGCUUUUGUUAGACAUGUUGGACUUACAACUAAACGUUCUGGCAUCGUAGCUCAAGCCACUGUUCGUUGCUUUUACGAUUACAGGAAAACUUUAAAUAAUAAAUAUGAGACCCAAGAAGAAUAUUAUAAUGCACUUGAUGCAUGUCAUCUUAGAUGCGCCUUAAUUACGUUGGAUGCACUGCGUCAAAAUGGUGGUAUUUACAUCAAGCUUGGUCAACAUAUUAGUGCCAUGACAUACUUAUUACCACCUCAGUGGACUGAUACAAUGAUUCCUCUGCAAGACCAUUGCCCUAAAUCGACCAUAGAAGAAAUUGAUAACAUGUUUAAACAUGACCUAAAAAUGGGAAUAGAUGAAAUAUUUAGUGAAUUUAAUCCAGAGCCAAUAGGUGUUGCAUCAUUAGCACAAGUUCAUACAGCAACGUUAAAUGACACAAAUGACAGAGUUGCAGUUAAGUGCCAGCAUCCUUCUUUAAAAGAAUUCAUUCCAUUGGACAUAAUGUUAACCCAACUUGUAUUUAAUUUACUGGAUGUAUUUUUUCCAGAAUAUCCUUUGACCUGGCUAGGUGAUGAAUUGCAAACAUCAAUCUAUGUGGAGAUCAACUUUGAAAAAGAAGCAAAAAAUGCUAUUGAUACUCAGAAUUAUUUCGCUAAAUACAAGAAACAGACUGCCUUAAGAAUUCCAAACGUUAUUUCCGCACAUAAGAGAAUAUUAAUAAUGGAAUAUAUAACGGGUAGAAGACUAGAUGAUCUUCAAUAUUUGGACGAAAAUAAUAUAUCCAGGGCAGAAGUUUCUUCUUGCUUGUCACAUAUAUUUAAUAAUAUGAUUUUUACGCCAAAUGUAGGAAUUCACUGUGAUCCCCAUGGUGGAAAUUUAGCAAUAAGAGCUUGUAAAUAUGGCAGUUCUUCCAAUCCUCAUAAUUUUGAGAUUAUAUUAUAUGACCACGGAUUAUACAGACAUCCUACAACUGAGAUGAGGAGAGAUUAUGCAAAAUUUUGGUUGGCAUUGUUUGAUCAAGAUCAAGAUAAAAUGAAAUUUUAUGCAAAACGUUUUGCUCAUAUAAAUGACAAACAAUUCCCUUUAUUCGCAGCUGCAAUUACUGGACGUAGUAUCGAUACUGCAUUAAAUUAUGAUAUAUCUAGUUCUAGAUCUAAGAACGAGAUAGAUGUCAUGUCAAAAGGUAUCUUAAAAGGAAAUUUUCUGACAAAUUUGAUGAGUAUCUUGGCUACAAUUCCCAGAAUUGUUUUGUUGAUAUUAAAAACAAACGAUUUGACGAGACAUUUAGACGAAUGUCUACAAAAUCCUUUAGGGCCUGAAAGGACCUUUUUGAUUAUGACUCAAUAUUGUUCUAAGACAGUUUAUGAUGAAGACUGCGAAGAAAUUAAUAAACUCAAUAUUAGAUGGUCCUGGUCUUGGACUUUAAGUCAUAUUUUAGCUUGGCUCAAUUAUGAGAAAAGAGUUAAGAAAUUAGUGCUAUAUGAUAUUGCCUUAUGGUGGAAACAGAACAUCAUGACUAUGUUGUAA